AUGCCUUCUUGCGAUGGGAUCCGCGACGAAUAUAUUCAUGCCUUCUACGUGCAUAAGAAACAAGGAUCUGCGCACCUCGUCCCGGAGCAAUGCAAGAUGCUCGGCAAAAGCCUGUUUGAAUGCAAGCGCGGACUACUGGAUAUGCGCAAGCGCAUGCGCGGUGUGCCCAAUGCGGGUCGGUCCAGCGGCGGCGUGGUGGAUCCCCAAGUGUCGACGCUAAUGUAUGUGACAUAG